AUGUCCUCGUCGAAAGUUACCAAAGAGCUCAACAAGACCUCCGACAGACAAGGCGUCCAUGAAGCUAUCAGAGAGCCAGCGGAUCCCUUCAAAAAUGAGCCCAAGCCAAGGGAGUCGAAGCGCAAGCGUGAAGACCACGAUAUCGGAAGGCGCGCCGUCCACCAUUUGCAGCGGGCGAUCCAACGGCCAGAUGAGCGGCGACCGUCACCGGAAAAGGAGGACGGUGGUGAAGAAGAUGAGAACUCGAUUCCUUCGGAGAUGGCGAAACUCAUACAGGAGAACAAAAUGUUGAAGGGCCGGAAUUUUAUGCUGGAGCGGAAAAUGAAGGAGGUGGCGGAGCGCAAUGAAUUUCUGGUCGAGCGAGCCUGCCGUCUCGAUCACCCAGAGCAAGCGACGAACGAGCAGCGACGGCGUAGCCCGGAGCACCAAAUCCAACCAGAGACCGACUCCGAGUGUGGCCGUUCACAGCGAGCAGUCAACACGCGGUAUGAGUAUAUGGAAAACCGAUUCCUCAUUGGGGAGCAUGUCAGGAACAUGCAUGGAUGCAUUAACAACUUCAACGAAUAA